AUGUCUUCUCCCAGCACUCCAUCUGAUAAACGCGGUGGCUCUGACAUGAGCGACGGUAUUAUGUCAGUUUUCGAACCGGCUAUCCGCACACUCGACGACCAAGUACAAGCGACUCGCGACAGCCAAAUCUUGCUGUCCUCCAGGAUCCAAGAAGUCGCCGAUUAUCUGCACGACCUCACUAAUACCCAGCCUGUGGAUCUUGAUCCUUACACUCGCAAACUCGACGACAGUAAACGCCGCGUGGCUAACGUCGUCAAAACUCUGGAAAGCUUGCAAGAUCGUCUUGGCAAGCUGCAACGUGACAUUGCCCGAGAAGCGUACCAAAAAAAGCAAACAAUAACCUCAAUUCCACCAGCUCCCCCAUUGCGGUGA